AGCAGUAUGCGCCCGACUGGUUCGAAUAGAAUAUUUUCACGUUACCUGAAUAAUAUUAUAUCGUAAUAUACAUCCGUAAUACACGGAUUUUCGUUUACCUAAUCGUAACAACAGUCUAUAUACAAACGCAUUGCUGCAGGUUAAUCUUGCAGGUUUAGUGUACAAGUAUAAUCAAAAUGGAAUUCAAACGAAAGUUGAUUUUUCACUCAAACCCAUUAUUUCGCCGUGUAUAUAAAAUAGCUUAACAGGAACGAGAUAAAAGUCAGUCGGCCGUCGCCAUGAAAGCCGGCGGCGGAACGCUGGUCCGGUUGACGCUGAGCGGCGGCGCGUUGGUCGCGUCCACCGCGGCGGCGUGCUGUUUCCUGUCCGUGUGGUCGUACUGGUACUACGAGCUGGACGCCGACUGCGUCCAGGCGCGCGACUGCAAGUGCCUGCUGUUCGGCACGAGCUUCGCGGGCGGCGGUUUCGUGGGCGGCGACAGGUUCGCGUGCCAGUACGUCGCGUACUCGUUGCUGGCGUCCGCCGGGCUCGCUGUCUACAUGUGCGUGCACUACGGCUGCCGGUUGCUACUGUGUCCCGGCCACGGCCACCGCCGCCGCCUGCACCACCAGCACCACCGGCACCACCGGCCGGUCAGGACGGUGGCCGAGACCAGGCCCGAGGACGGCACCACCGGUUGCAACAGUCCACAGGUACAGAUAGACAGUUUAACGAUUUGUCUUGCAAUCAUUUUCGCAGCCAUGGCGUUAAACAUGUUUAUUGCGUCGAUUGUACUGAGCAACGGAUACAUUUCGACCUGUCUGCAGUACGUGCAUCGAGUGAAAAGUUUUUUGAUGGUUUCCGGAAACAUGGUGGAAUUGAUAACAAAUCGCAUGUCUUGUGGGACCAUUUACGAUUUCAUGGACUACUUACAACCUCCAUCGCGACAAGUGACAUAUGAACUGAUCCAUCGACACAAGGCCAAUCCACGAGAUUCUGUGAUUAACACUUCGGCACUUUUAAUUGUAUCUAUUGUACUGUCGUGGUUGAACACAUUAAUAUGGGUCGUGUUUACGUUUUGUACUUAUUAUUUCAAGUGAACAGGGUAGGAACCUACCCCUACACCGUCCUGUUGAGGAAUUUUAUACACUUACUUGCUUGUUGAAAACAAUUUAGAUUUGUGUGUUAAAGUUUUGCCGUUGGUUACCUUACUCUGUCAGCGUGUCGAAAAUAACCAAAAAAUCAAGCAACAAAAUAUCCAACUACUAUGAAUAAAAUAUAUUUUAUCACAUUUCCUUAAUGUUAUUAUCGUCACCUAUAUACUACCAAUGUAGUAACCUGGGUCGGAGAGCAAUACAAUUGGAGGUGCAAAAUAACAAGCCUAACAAGGUAUCUCCACUUUUUUGUUCAAAAUGAAUAUUUUAACAUACCUAUUCUAGUAGUGGAAAAUGUUGUCUACAUUUUGGUGUAAUAACGGUACCUAUAUAUAUCCACUAGAUUAUACUUGAAUUAUUUAAAUGUAUUCAAAGGUAAUAAGACUCUGCGUAUUGUUACGUCUAAAAACAAUAAUUCGGUACUAAUUUGAUCAAAGGCUGGUUAGUUUUUUUUUUUUGUAUAUAUUUGACUUUAUUUUGAAGAAUUACCAUCUAAACCUUUUUU